AUGCAGUUACUUUUACUUGCAGCGGCGUUUGUUUUUACGCACGACUUCACCGGGGCUGCGCGCUCCGACAAAUGCGCCUCCCGCUGCGACGUGGGCUCGUGUCCGAGCCCCAGCUGUCCCGGCGGGUAUGUCCCGGACAGAUGCAACUGCUGCCUGGUGUGCUCACCGCGCGAGGGAGACCCCUGCGGCCGCAAAAACGACCUGCCCUGCGGGGAUGGAUUGGAGUGCAAGCUGCUCGCUGCGGGGAAGCGGCGGGGCUCCAAGGGGGUCUGCCGGUGUAAGAUGGAGCAUGAAGUUUGUGGAAGCGACGGGAAAACUUACGGUAAUGUGUGUAAGAUGAGAGCAGCCAGCCGGAAAGCUGAGCAGAAAGGGAGAGCCGCAGUUAGCCAAGCGCACAAAGGAGCCUGCUCACCUAUAGGCGCAGGUCGUCCCCUGGUCCAUCCCAGCAGUCUUCGCUACAAGUUCAACUUCAUUGCUGACGUAGUGGAGAAAAUAGCACCUGCUGUUGUCCACAUUGAACUGUUCAUAAGACAUCCUCUGUUUGGUCGCCACAUGCGUCUCUCCAGUGGCUCCGGUUUUAUUGUGACCCACUCAGGUGUGAUUGUGACCAACGCUCACGUCGUAACCACAUCUGCCACAGUGACGGGGAGGACUCAGCUGCGCGUGCAGCUCCACAACGGCGAUGCAUACAACGCGGUGGUCAGAGAUGUAGACAAGAAGGCAGACAUCGCCACAAUCAAGGUCAAUCCCCAGCAGAAGAAGCUGCCCGUGCUGUCUCUAGGACGUUCAGCUGAUCUGAGACCGGGGGAGUUUGUGGUUGCUAUUGGCAGCCCCUUCGCCCUGCAGAACACAGUCACCACUGGCAUCGUCAGCACCGCUCAGAGAGACGGCAAAGAGCUGGGCAUCAAGGACUCAGACAUGGACUACAUCCAGACUGACGCCAUCAUCAAUUAUGGAAAUUCAGGAGGACCUCUUGUUAACUUGGACGGCGAGGUGAUAGGCAUCAACACUCUGAAAGUGACAGCAGGGAUCUCCUUCGCUAUCCCCUCUGACAGAAUCAGCCGUUUCCUCACAGAGUCACAGACCAAACAAAGCAAAGAAAAGACAAGACAACAAAGACGACUUACAGAGGAACUGCAGUCAGAUGCAGACAACUCAGAGGCAAAGAGACGCUUCUUAGGCAUCAGGAUGCUCACUGUCACCAAAGCUCUAGUAGCAGAGUUGAAACAUCAGAAUCCAGACUUUUCUGACAUCAGCGGUGGAGUUUUUGUGCAACAGGUCAUACCUGACACUGCAGCAGAAAAAGGAGGUAUUAAGGAAGGAGACAUUAUAGUCAAAAUAAAUGGACAACCAGUUCAGACCACUGAAGAUGUCCAUGAGGAGUUACAGCAUGACCACUCUCUCCUGCUUGAGAUUCGCAGAGGCAAUGAUGACUUAUUGUUCAACAUCCACCCUCAAGUUAUUUUACAUUGA